GUUCAGUACCAUUUCUUCACUCUUCACCUUAUAGACCCUUCAAAAAGGGUCUAAAACCAUUUGUCGCGUUUGUUUUCUUCUCUCAUAAACCAACCUUUAUUCCUCCCGCAGCUUGAACAUCGUUCCACCAACUUCCAGAGUACGUGCUCCGUACUGUACAAAUACAUUCCCAACAAGCGAGUGGAACCCCUUCUCUUGUCUGUCACUUCACCCUCAUCAGACACUUGGAAUUCCCCACCUUGCCGUCACAGAUACCUGACCUGACCUGGCCGCACUUAACCUUGUCUUACGCGGCAGUGAACCAGUCCACGCACACAACACCCUUCUCUGGUUGAACAAACAAUUUCACCAAGUCCUGAUUCAGCCUGGAGAGCUACGUGGAUCGUCGCGCAGUUCCACUGGGUUGCCCUCCAUUUUAACUCGUCGGCUGCUUGGUUCGCGUCGUAGAUCGAACUGUUGGAAGGUCCUCAAAAGGUCCUCAGACAUUUCGAUCAACACGCAAAGAAUCUCUAUAUCUUCACCAACUCACGCCCACGACAUCCUCGCGAAUUCUUGGUCAAGCACCGCACCGGCCACCUGAUAUUCCCGCCGACACUCCUAAUACUUGUGAGCCGUUUGGCUCUCGGUCCAAGCUUGCCACGAUACUAUCCCUUGCUUGGCUGCGCUGAUCACCACAAAGAGCCUCCUUGAUCAGAUCAGAGGUUGGCACCGAUCUAUCAAAUAUAGACACAUUUUGCUGUUGGCUGUAGACAUUAUCGAUCUGGCGUCACCUAAGAUGUGGUCAACUGCUGCCUCUUGGCUUGCGCUGCUCGCAGUCGCUGCAGCACUCACAAGACAUUACAAUCCAGAAUUGUUCAACAAACUCAUAGGACAUACCGCAGCGAGAUCUGAGUCGGUCGAAACGUCGCAGAGACAAGCCAAUAAACGGCAGAGAACCAAGCGACAGCAAACCGGUCGACUUGAGCCUGGCAAUAGUGGCACAGCUACACCAACAAGUGGUGCAGAGGACAAAGCAAAUAAGAGGAGGAAAGUCACAACUACACCUUUUGAAGCACAGACAGCGCACAGCGGACUGGUAGAGCUACCUAAGGAAGAGGAUGAUGGAAUGACUAACAGGGAGUUUGCGCAACAGCUCUCCAAGGCUCAGGCUGGUACAAAACUAGAGCCAGCCAAAGCGCAAGGGCCUAGCAAGAAGGAACGCCGAGCUACAAGAAAGGCCUCGGAGACCAAGCAGAAUGAUGCGCAUGCUCUUGCGACUGACGUGGCUGUCGAAAACGGACACAAGACAGAUGAUGAUGCAGUGCCAGAGCCUGAACCUUCGUCUUCUCCAGCAUCAACGGGUGCACCAAAAGCAUCUGGAGAUGUGUCAGAUAUGCUAGAGGCACCAGCUGCGAAGCCGACAAGCCUGCGAUUGACAAACGUCAAGGACGCUGUGGCAAAGAACGUCACCAAACCCAUUGCCAAGGCAUUUGAGCCGGUCUUGUCCAAGAAACAACGCCAACGACAAGCUAAGAAAGCUGAGGAGAAAGCCCGCAUGGAGGAAUCCAACCGGAUUCAGGAAACGAAGAAGCAGAACCAGUUGAGAACUGCACGCAUGGCGGAGGGCACCUCCAACCAGUCAAAAGCAAACUCAUUCACUGCUCAACAGAAUGCGUGGCAGCAAGGAAUGCUGUCUUCAUCAGCAGAAGCAUCUUCCAAACCCUCCCAGGGCGGGGCAGCGCCAUUACUCGAUACUUUUGAGGAAUCAAAUGAGCCUGCCUCACACGUGAACGGCGCAGUCACUUCCGAGCCACUGUCAGAUAUCACAAAAUCUGUACCCGCAGCAGCGACCGUCAAUGCAGUCCGACAAGAAGAAGGCCAGGGCAAGACUGCCGCUCUGGGCGCAUCAGGACGCGAGAAGGCAGAACGUCCACGACUUGGGACUCAAUCCAGCUGGGCAGACGAAGUGAACGAAGAGGAGCAAGACAAGUGGGCCACUGAGCUGGCGAAAGAAGAGCAAUGGGAAGCCGUCACAUCCAAGAAAGGAAAGAAGAAGGCAAAUGGAAAAAGCUCCUCACCUGUACGACCGACAACCACUGUUCACAAUUUGGUGACUAAUGGCGCUGCAAAUCGAUUCCAAUCUUUUGCGCCGUCGGCACACCCAUCCGACUUCAAGGACGAUGACUGGGAAGCUUAGAAAGCCGACCCGUUACUGAAGGACGCUGAGUGGGAGGCUUGAGAGUUUGGACGAGACGAUGCAAAUGGCAGUGGUAACACUUCUUCUACGUCUUCCGACACCACACGGUUAGCGCUACGAGUGCUGAUUUCUCUUCUUUUCUAUCAGCUCUCAGAAGAGAGCAUUUGUUUGAUUAGCACACAGCACAUCGACACUGGUCGAUGUUGCAAGGCAAGAGAAAAAGGGUCUGGGACCGGAGUUUUUGUACCUAAGACACCCAAUUUGUACUCCCAGGGGCAUGGCAGACUAACAACGAAAAUAUUAAAAAAAGAAAGAAAAU